UCUUUACAGGGAACCAACUUUAGCACGACACCGGAUGCGAUAUAUCCUCUGGCACAACAACUGCUCUGUUCCUCCUCAGUCCCACAUGACGCCAUUUACUGCUGCCUAUUGCCUACCUCCAGAAAGCAGGAGAGCGAGUAGAGAGAGUGCAGAGCCCAGUCCCCCAGUCACGCAGUAACAGUGCCAUCUGUCACCCAGUGCUAGGGACCCUGCCAGCCAGCAGCUGGAGCAGGCACUUUAGACACUCUGCUCAGCCCCAUCCACUUGCACUCACACUCUGGAGCGAACUGCCUGCCGGACUGUCUGCCGGGCUCUGUAACUUCCAGGCUGGGACCGGGGCAGUGUUCAAUAACACUCUGCUGGUGGAACUUAUUGUUUUUCUUUCCCUUAUUUGGAUCACAUCAUCUCAGAGCUCUGCACGUUCUAGAACCCUCCCAGGAUUCGGAUUAUUUACCUCCGGCAACCCUGCAGCCAGUCCCCGGGGGGGAGAGGAGUCGGUGAGCUGAAGCUCUUACGAAUUUCAGAUGUGUUCUCAGUCUACUGGAGUGAAAACUCUUCAGAGAACUGAUGGAGACAAGAGUACAAAAUGGCAGUGGAUCUCAAGCUUUUCCCCAGACUCGGCGUGACAAUGGGAGAACACAGGCUGACCUUGACCCAAGGGAAAUUGUGAACCAGCAAGCUCAUAUUUUGUCCUUGGAACAGAUAAAAGCAAUACGGAACACUAAUGAGUAUACAGAAGGACCCACAGUGGCUCCACGCCCCUGGAUUAAACCUGCACCUUGCCAUGCUACCCAACACAAAAAUGAAAGAAUACAUGUAGUAACUGAACAGAGACAGUUUAGUAGGAGUUGUCAUCCACCAAUGCAUUCAUCACGAGAACCUUUAUCUCGCUCAAUUAGUACUGCUAGUAAUGGGUCUCGAAGCAGUACAAGGACAAGUACAAGCAGCAGUUCCUCAGAACAAAGACUUCUUGGACCAUCCUAUCAAUCAGCAGGUUCAGUUUCUGACAGAGUCAUUCGUGUGCAGCCCAAGUUAGAGAUGAAACAAGAGGAGUUAAAACCUUUUGGCAAAGAAGAAUUGGUUUUGCAUUCUUACAGGUGUGAGGACUGCGGGAAAUGUAAGUGCCAAGAAUGCACUUAUCCAAGGACUCUCCCCUCCUGUUGGAUAUGUGACAAGCAGUGCCUUUGCUCAGCCCAGGAAGUGGUUGACUAUGGGACUUGUGUUUGCUUUGUGAAGUGCCUAUUCUAUCAUUGCUCAAAUGAUGAUGAGGACAACUGUGCUGACAACCCUUGUUCAUGUAGUCAGGCACAUUGCUGUACUCGUUGGUCAGCCAUUGGUGUCAUGUCCCUGUUCCUGCCUUGUUUGUGGUGUUAUCUUCCAGCCAAGGGUUGCCUUAAAUUGUGCCAGGGCUGUUAUGACCAGGCUAAGAGGCCAGGAUGUCGAUGCAAAAGGUCAAACACAGUAUGUUGUAAAGUUCCUCACCUUCAGCCCAGAAACCUUGAAAAGCCGACAUAGCACAGGCAAUUGAAUCUAAUAUAGUAAUAAAAAAAUUAACACACAUAUGCAAUCAUUUAAAAGUUGUCACCUUGGAGCAGUUAGUAGAAAGGUUUUGAUCUGUUUUCCUGUUUGCGGUGAAACACUUUCCUAAAGAUUAUUUUUAUGUGCCAUCUUAACAGAUUGUUAGAAAACCGCUAGUGAAUCUUGGGAUAGGAUCAAGUGUUCUGUGACCCAUCGGUUGUAUAAGCUAAAGUAACACAGACACUCCUAAAUAACUGUGUAUUCUAUGUAAAUAGUACAUGCAACAUCUGUAAAUUGAAUGAUUUUUUUUUCUGCCAGAGAUAAUGUGCUAUAUUUUUGUACAUAAUAUUUACAACUGUGAAAAAAAUGGUGUCAUGCACAUGGCACAUACACACUAUUUACUUAUGUACAUUCGAAAGAAUGUGAAUCAAUCAGUAUGGUUAGAUUGUACUUUGCCUUUGGUACCUUUUAACACUUUGAAUGCCAGAGUGAAGGUUUCACAUCAUCCUGGCACUCAAUGGGUUUUAAUAUUACCCAACUUCUACUCUUUUGAUAUUCUUUGUAUUUGUACAGUUACGGUAAAAGUCAGUCUUUAUUUUCUAAUUUUUCAACAUAUUGUUUAGUGUAAAGUAUAUUUAUUUGAAGUUUUAUUAUUUUAUAAAAGAGAAAUAUUUAUUUUAAGAGGCAUCUUACAAAUGUUCCCCCUUUUUUUUUUUUUUUUUUUUUUUUACAUGUCGGUUUUUGCAAAUAGGGGUGACUGAUGCAUAUGUUCACUAUAAAAUAGAAAAUAUAUUAACGUUUGAAAUUAAA